GUCACUUCGUAAAUUGUGAUUUUAGGUUAUGUUAUUUUGGAAUGGAUGGGAAUUGAGAAUUUUCGUAAAAAGGUUGUAAAUAAAGUCAAAGGAAAAAUUAAAGCGGGUUGUAUUAUCAAUACCUAUAUAGUUUAAUAAUAAAGUGUAGCAUGAAUUUAACAAAGAAUAUCUGGCGAUUUGCGCCAGUUGUACGCAGUGCGAUCAACUCCAACUUGGCGUUUAUGAGACCUCUGUCGACGCCUGUAACUCGAAUAUCAGCAAAACCUAUAGAGAAUACUCCAGUGUCCCAUGAACCCGACAAGUUGUAUAAAAAGGUGGAAUUAGAGAUGAGGGGCAUUGAUCCCGCAGUAUUGCUAAGUUAUUCUUGGUUUUGUGUUGCAGCAGCUUCACAUUUAGGCAUUGAAGUGACUAAGAGUUGGGCACUCAGAAAAGCAGAGAAAGAAAGGCACACAUUACUGAAAUGUGUACAUAUUUACAAGAAACACAAAGUCCAGUAUGAAAUCCGUACAUACUUCAGAUUUAUUCAUCUUCAGAGGCUCACCGGAUCCACCUGUGACACAUACUUAGAGUACAUCGAAAGGAACCUGCCUGAAGGAUGUGCUUUGAAGGUCACCAAAGUUGAAUGCCAUAAAAUUCCUGAUCAUUUGACGCCACCUGGCAAUGAAUAAUUUAUUUAAUUAGAUUGUAGUGUUUAGAAUAAAACAAUAUGUACUAACACA